CUGUUACCACUUCUAACUUGGCGGUUGCUAUGGCUGCGAGUUCAUGCGAGGCUGGCAGAGAGGGAGGAAGUGACGACUGGGUCUGUUGUUGGGACACGUGACUGGAGCUGCGCUGAUCUGUUUUGACAAGCGGUGGGGAGGGGAGGCAGACUGUAAAGCAUCACGACUAGGAGGACUCACUGUUCCUUUCAUCUGCAUUUCGCCUGAAAAAUAUUAGUAUCGAGAUAGUCUUGUAAUUUCAGCAGUCAGCUUGGCCUGUCAGCGGUAAAUACCAACUGCUGCUCGGUAAACCCUCGUGGAAAACGUUGCUGUGUUGCCGAAGCUUUCCGAGCAGAGUCGGGCUGUUUGUUGUAGGUUAGAAAAGUUUUAAUGAAGAUCGCAAAGGAAGUCAGUACAGGUGGCGUUUCUAACAUUAAGUAGAUGGCGACGGUUCCACCGCUGUCGAUGGAUAGAAAUUGGCCCAUACCCGUGUGAUAUCACCGGUUUUCGUGAGAAUAGUGAUACGCUGAAUGUGCUCUCGCCGUAGCAAAAAAAUAAAUAUCGAGACCGUCCGUCGUCGGGAAGCGGUGUUUGUUGCUGAGCCGUGGCUACCUGCGCUACAGUGGGGGGUUGGGAUGUUUGUGAGGUCGUCGUCACCAAUAGACGCUUGACUACACAGUAACGAUAAAGUUAGUUAGUUUGUGUUUGCUAUCUAGCUCACACUGCUGAGUUAGCAACCCCCCGUCCUGGCAGAGCGCCGUUGUGAGGAGCCAGUGUUGCAGGAGAUGAGACACAGAAAUGCAUCGCGACGUAACUGUGGUUCAGGUGGUGGAAUUUGAGACUGACUGUGAGAGUAGCCAACUUGCUAGUUAAAUUACUAGUAGCCAGAUUGGUUACUCGCUAGCAGGCAGGUUGGCAUCUCCAUUACCAAACGCUGACUGUAACUGGCAUUCGCUAUCAGCUGUCUUUGUGUUAGUCAGUUGGACAAUACAGUGCGACUCGAUGGAAGCGUACAGUAGCAUGCUAACAAAGCAAUGCUUUGUUGUUGGAUAGGGGGCAGCUGGCACCAACGCACAGGCUUCACAGCUGAUAUUAUUGCUUCGCUAAUACAGCAGGUCUCAGUCACAGAGGGUUUGGGGGGUCCAGACACCGUUGUGUUGCUGUCAAGACUGUGUGUGUGUGAUAGAAAGAGAGAAGACCUUGCAAGAGGACCCUGAAGGCAACCUGAUGACACUGGACAACAUGAAGCCCGAGCGAGAUGCAACAGAGGAGUUCUUCGAGUACGACGCGGAGGAGUUCCUGGUGUUCCUGACCUUGCUCAUCACAGAGGGAAGGACACCAGAAUAUUCUGUGAAAGGCAGAACCGAGGGGCUGCACUGUCCACCGGCCCAGUCGGCCAUGCCGCCUCUUCACAAGCAUGAAUGCAGUGACAAACUGCCACAGUGUCGGCAGGCAAGGCGAACCCGUUCGGAGGUGAUCCUGCUUUGGAGGAAUAACAUCCCCAUCAUGAUUGAGGUCAUGCUCCUGCCAGACUGUUGCUAUGGGGACGAGUGCCCACCAAGUGACCCCAUCAGUGACCCGGUCAUCAAACAAGACGCUCUGCUGCUGGAGAGAUGGACCCUGCAGUCAGUCCCAAGACAAAGCGGCGACCGCUUCAUUGAGGAGAAGACGCUGCUGUUGGCUGUUCGAUCCUACGUCUUCUUCUCCCAGCUCAGCGCCUGGCUCAGCGCCUCCCAUGGCAUCGUCCCCAGAAACAUCCUGUACAGGAUCAGUGCUGCUGAUGAGGAGCUGGUGUGGAAGUUCUCCCAGCCUCCUUCAGAGCACAUUUUCCCAGUCCCCAAUGUGUCCCAAAGUGUUGCGCUGCAGGUUCAUGUCCAGUCACUCCCCCGCCAACCCACCUACCCCACCCUGGCCUGCAGCAUCCAUACCGGCCUGCCUCCACUUUACAGCAAGACCCCCAGCCUCAACCCAAACCUCAACAGCCAUGGUGGCCCACCCACCCUCAAAAAGAGGCAGGACCCCAGCAAAGACGACCUCCUUCACAACUCCAACAUGUACAGCAAGAGCUCCAACUCCAUGUCUGGCCUUCUCCUCAAUGGAUUACCCAUUCCUAAUCUUCCCAUCAACAACAUACCCAUCAAUAGCCUUCCCCACACUGCUGUGCCACCUCCUUACAGCAAGAAGAGCCAGGAGCCCGGUGAAGACCACGUGUAUCAGAAUGGUGAGCUUCCGCAGGUCAACAUCCCCCAACGUCAGGGCUCCCCACUGUUCCACAGGUCCUCCCACUCCCCCACGCCCUCCCGCUCCCACUCCCCCUCUCCACUUCCCACAAGUAAAGCAGGGAAGUGGCUGUACUCAGCUCUCAAUGGUUCGUCUGACCCCACACAAGUAGAGGACUAUGGGUCUUGCAACAACAGCAGUGAGAGGUCAAAGGGGCCCAUCCCUGAGCCACUGAGAGCUUUUAAGAAUUUCUCCUUGACUGAACCACCCCGCUGCCCCUCCCCGAGGCCUGCCGCAACCGAGACAAACCCCCUGAUUGGUUCCCUGCUGCAGGAGAGGCAAGAAGUUAUCGCCCGCAUCGCACAGAGGCUCAACUUCUGCGACCCCACAGCACCGCCACUCCCUCCUGGCCUUUUCGCUUCUGACAACCCUCCCAAAGCCAUGUGGGGCAGUAACCAUGACGACGUAACUGCCAGUAAGACCAAAGAGCCCGAGGUACCGCCCUAUGAGUCUGUGGGACGUGUGUGGCCCAGUCCCUUCAACACACCUGUGACUGACACUUCCUUCAGCAAACGAGAGAGCUCAUCCCCUAAGCCUGCAGCCUGCAGGAAGCUGAAAAUGACUGAGGCAAGAGACGUAGAGGAGGAGAGGAAUGGAGGGAGGGAGAGAGAGAAGGAGAAAGAAAAAGAGAGGGCGAGGGACAGCUCCCUGAUUGCCCAGGCAGUACAUGACAUUACCAGACUCAUCCAGGAGAGACUGACUGUGCCCUCGCUGUCCCCCAGGCACAGCAGGAGCGGCAGCCCUCUGCAUCACACACACACAACGACAGUCACACACACGGUCCGCACAUACUCGCACACCACACACAUCCCACAAGCCUCCCACACUGCCACCAACGGCUUCGCCAACGGCCACAUACCCAGCCACGAACCUCACAGAGGCAGCACGCACGCCGCUGCCACACACGCGCCCGUUUGCACAGACAAGGCCCGAGUCAGUCCGAGGACCGAAUGCCAUUCUCCACAGGCCCAAAAUGGUGCUCAGUUUACACUUGAAGAACCCUCAUUAAAAGGCCAGUCCCACACCCAGGCUGGUCAGCGUUUACGAACUCCCACACAGGACAAGCUCAGAGUCAGGAUACCCAGCAGCCAUGAAACUCCUUCUGUCUCCCCUGUCCUUGAGAACAGCCCCAGGAAUGCCCAGAUCUUUAGUUGGACUUGCAAUGAUGCCAGCCCGGUCAUGAACUGUAACACAAGCCACAACCACAGCAAGCCUCAGCCUCAGUCCCAGAUGCAGGUUUGUGCAGCAGCUCAGGCCUCUGCCCCGCAGGAUGAGAACCAGGCCCCCUCGGAGUCUGGAUGCUCCAGCACCCCCAGUCCAGACAUGACUCCCCCUACUACUGUCCUGCGAGCUCACAGCCCCUCCCCUCUGCGGCCUUGCAACACCUGGAAGAAACAGAAUCGCCACUCACUAGACUCUACGGCGACCAAGGCCUUCCACCCCUGCACUGGCCUGCCUCUGCUCUCCAGCCCUGUUCCUCAGAGGAAAAAUCAAACAGGCUACUUUGACCUGGACACCUCUCUGGCUGGCUGUAAGGGUUUGCCUUGGGCCUCUGGGAAAAGGGUGUGUCCAAAGACAGAGGGGUACACAGAUGAGUCACAGCAGCUGUUCAGUGCCAGUGCUCCACCUGCCAGUCUCAGUCUACUGGGAAACUUUGAGGAGUGCGUGCUGAACUACCGCCUGGAGCCUUUAGGGUUAGUGGAGGGAUUUACAGCAGAGGUUGGAGCCAGCGGGUCCUUCUGCCCCAGUCACCUGACCUUACCUGUGGAUGUGUCAUUCUACAGUGUCUCCGAUGACAACGCUCCCUCACCAUAUAUGGGUGUGAUAAACCUGGAGUCCCUUGGGAAAAGGGGCUACCGUGUACCUCCAUCAGGAACCAUUCAAGUGACCUUAUUCAAUCCCAACAAGACAGUGGUGAAGAUGUUUGUUGUGAUGUACGACCUACGAGCCAUGCCAGCUGGACACCAGACCUUCCUACGCCAGAGGACUUUCUCUGUUCCCGUCCGCCGUGACAUAAACAAUCACACCAGCAGGAAGGCCCUCAGCCAUGGACGCACCUUGCGCUACCUCGUUCAUCUGAGGUUCCAGAGUUCUAAGUCUGGGAAGAUCUACCUCCAUAGGGACAUCCGUCUGCUGUUUUCCAGGAAGUCCAUGGAGGUGGACAGCGGUGCUGCCUACGAGCUCCAGUCCUUCACAGAGUCCCCAAUUGACCCACCAUUCUCUCCUCGCUGCUGAGGCCUGACCCCCUCCCUUCUCCACCCGGCAGGCCACUACCGAAGCUUCAGUCACACUUCGAUGCCAGCGACAGACUCUUACUCAGUCCAUAGCUAGUUGCAAAGGCUCCGAAAGAGAAGCGAUUUAAGAACGUCAGUCAACAAGACUCACGUGGCCUGUGCCCAAAAUCUUUUCAUCCCCUCGGUCACCCAGAACUGACAAAGGAGGGACUAAGAGCCUGGGAGAUUCGUCACAAAUGAAACUUUGUUCGCUGUUAAGUGCACCAGUUUGGAUCAGAGAGGUUGGGUCAAAAGUUACAGUUACAGAGUAUGUUUCAGAUCCCAGUCUUCUGGUUAAGAGGGCCUAAUGAUAGAAUGACCAGAUAUGAUAGUUAAGUCUUUUCCUGCUGUUGUGUGUAUCCCCUCCAGCGUCUGGCAGGAGUGUAGAGACCAGUGAGCAGUUAGACACUUUCACAAUUAUUUCAGCAGAGUCUGUGCUACUUUACUCUGUUUACUCAAAUCACAAUGUUAAUUGGACCUCCACUUGACACAGUAAAUGUUCAAUCUAAAUUAGUGUCUUUAUAAAUGCAAUACAAGGCCAUUUUAAUAGUAAAAGAUUUAGUUUUAAAUUCUUGAAGCUUAAAUUGAUUGAACUGAACAUGAACUCAGCUUUGACCCUGUGAUUCCUGAGCUCCGAGCAGAGGGAGUGCUUAUGGAAGAGGAUGCGGGUGACCAACUGGUGCAACGCCAUCCACUCGUCCAAAACAAAACAUACCAUGGACCACUAGAAAAGUCGAUCAAGCUAGAUUCACCUGAAAGCUUCACAGCAGAACAUCAGAAGUGCACUGUGGAUUUUUUUUUUCUCAAUAUAACUGGAAAUGAAACAGAAAAUAGUAAUAUUCUAAUACUUUUGUACUGUUACAGAACCACUUUAUUGGAAGUGCUGCAAUAGGAAGAGUAACCUUAGUUUAGUGUUUACGCAUUCACUUACCCAUCAGUUUAUUUAAUAUUUAAAUUAAUAUUUCAGUUACUACUUGUGACGUCUGUCAUGCUAAGAUGAUGUAGUGCAAACUGUAUAUCAUAGUAUGUAUUUUUGACAUUAAUAUUCAAAUCUGAAAAAAAAAUAUAUAUCUAUAUAUCUUCUAAAGCAAUCUUGAGAGCA